AUGCGACUGAAAUUAGAAGCAAAUACACAAAGGCUACGUUUACCGCCAUGGUUGAAGCGUGAUAUACCACCACUGGAUGAUGCGAAUUUCACACGCAUGAAGAAACAAGUCAAAAAACUGAAACUCGCCACUGUUUGCGAGGAAGCCCGAUGUCCGAACAUCGGUGAAUGUUGGGGCGGUUCAAAAGAGAGUUUGUCCACUGCUACAAUCAUGCUUAUGGGCGAUACAUGCACUCGAGGAUGCAAAUUCUGUUCCGUAAAAACUGCACGUAAACCUCCACCGCUGAAUCCAGAAGAGCCGUUAAAUACGGCUAAAGCUAUUGCGGAUUGGGGGCUUAGCUACGUU